AUGAAAAGAAUCGAUGUGGAUGGCAAACCACAUCUGUGUUUGUUUGCCAUAAAAGACAUUGAUGAAGGGGAAGAAAUUCUGUACAACUAUGGGGGUGAUGACUGCCCAUGGAGAGCACAGGAUGCCAAUGAUACAAAUGUGGAUUUAAAGGCUUCACUGGGCAAACACAACAUCAAAAAUAAAAAAAAAAAGACCACCAGAACUGCAAAAAGGACCACGACAGUGAAGAACUCUCACCCUUCUGUCUUGUCAAAGAAUCCAUUGGAUGAUGCAACUGGCCAACAGAACAACUGUCGACAGAUAACCAGUGUUGAAGUAAAUACAAUGAUGGUGGAGCAUUCUCCUUUACUGGUGUCCAGCUGUCAGAUGGAUGAUGCUAAUGGUCCAGAGAGUAGCCUUGAACAGAUAACUAGUGUUGCAGUAAACUCAAUGAUGGUCGAGGACUCCCAUCCUUUGCUACUGUCUAAAGGUCAGAUGGAUGAUGUUACUGGUUCACAGAGUAGCCUUGAACAGAUAACUAGUGUUGCAGUAAAUUCAAUGACGGUCAAGGACUCCCAUCCAUUACUACUGUCCAAAGGUCAGACGGAUGAUGCUACUAGUUCACAGAGUAGCCUUGAACAGAUAACUAGUGUUGCAGUAAAUUCAGUGAUGGUCGAGGGCUCUCAUCCUUUACUGCUAUCCAAAGGUCAGACGGAUGAUGCUACUAGUUCAGAGAGUAGCCUUGAACAGAUAACUAGUGUUGCAGUAAAUUCAGUGAUGGUCGAGGGCUCUCAUCCUUUACUGCUAUCUAAAGAUAACUAG